AUGCCACCUACGGAGACGCGGGAGCCCAACAUGUCAAUUAGAACCAAGGAGAUCUUAUCACGAGCCCAGCGGAUGGUUCCGCCAAUGCUGGAGAAGUUCCAUAAAGGUCAGCUAGGAAGAGUUGCCGUUAUCGGAGGAAGUGAGGAUUACACCGGCGCACCCUACUUCUCCGCCAUGGCGAGUGCAAGACUGGGCUGCGACAUGUCCCACGUCAUAUGCACGCCAGCCGCUGGGGCCGUCAUUAAGACGUACUCGCCCAACCUGAUGGUGCAUCCGCUCAUGCGACAAACGCCGUCCGGCAAGGAAGAUAACGACAUUGACCCGAGCCAUAUCGCGGCCGGUAUUACUGCUAUGCUCCCACGUAUUCACGUCCUUGUCAUCGGACCCGGGCUUGGUCGCGAUCCGUUGAUGCACGCGACAGUGGCUCGUGUCCUGCGCGCAGCACGGGAGAAGGAGAUACCCGUGGUCCUCGAUGCCGACGCGCUGAUGCUUAUCCAAAAAGACCCGGAGCUUGUCCGAGGGUAUCCUGGCGCGGUGUUGACGCCCAACGUAGUGGAGUUUGGCAAGUUGUGCGAAGCACUCGGCGUGGAUGCGGACAAGGCCGGUGAGGGCGAGAGUGGCGAGGCGGCGAGCGAAUCGGCGAGGGCAUACCUAGAGGGCUUGUGGGACACGGGCGACGGUGAGAAGAUUGACGAGAAUGAGUCGGUAGGAUUAGCUGCUGCUGCGGGUAGCGCGGUGACCAAGGAGUGCUCGAGGCUGGCGUUUCUGAAGAAAGGGCGAAGUCUACAAGCAAGCGACUUGACGGAUGAGGUACACGCAGCUUUUCUUAACCUUUUCGGGGAGGUGGAUGGAGAUGAGGGUUCCAAGUUGUGA